UCUGUCACGUCGGUGCACAGAUAGUAAGCUAACGGAUAAUGCAAGCACAAACUAAUAUAAAGAACGCGGAUUGCUGCUUAACGGUGAUAUAGCGUGGUAGGGCUUGAUUACUUGGACCGACUGUUUCUUGGAGGGAUUUUAUUUGUGAGCAUGUGGUGCGGCCGUGACUGUGAGGACGCAAGAAUUGGGUAAACCGAGCUAACCAGCGUUAGCAGCAGCGUGCUAAUUUUCACUGUUCCGCAAGGCCGCAGAGAAAUACGAGCACUGCUUCCUGUUGUAGCUUCAUUGAGAAUGUAGGCUGCACUACGAUCAAAACAUCAAAGGCGAAACUGUUAUCUCAGAAACGAGCGCAGCAGUGCAGUUAAUUGCACUUAAGUUUAUUUUAUACGAGCUUGCGGGCUACCUAGCUUGUUAGCUAGCUAGCUAGCUAGCAUGAGUGAAGUGACGGACUGCAAACAGUCCGCUGACUCUGCAUCGAGGAAACGGAGUCCAUCACCCGAUAAGGAUGAAGGCAGCCGGAUUCCCUGCAAGUCCACAAAAGUAAGUGAUCAGCCGGAUGAAACAUGGGUUACUUCUGAAAGUUGCAAAAACAGUAAAGCGGAGAGUAAAGAAGCAGCUGGGAGCGAGGGCCAGUCGAAAGAUGACAAAGAGGAACCAGCCGUUGUGAAAGUAGAUCAGGGUUCAGACAGCACCGGUGGAACCAGUACACAGCCUGUCAACAGCUCCAGCGCUGACAGCCACGACACCAGCAGCACCGGCAAACCGCAGUCCUCAGAUGCACAGGAGUCGGCCCAUGCAAAAGACAAAGCAGGGAAAACUGCAGAAACGGAGCGGCGUCCCUCAGCUUCUCUGGACAAAUCCGACUCAGCUGCCAUAGCAGCUGCCGAAGCUCUGGCCAGUCUCACGGGGGGAGACGGAGAAGACAGUCAAGAGACUCCUUGUUCAUCCGAAAAGGCCAAACAGGUGAAACAAGGGAGUAAAUUUAAGCAACGCGGGGGCCACCAGUCCUCAAAAGUUGGCUCCAAAACCCAAGCAGCGGCAGCAGAUAGCUCCACAUCUGUGCAUAGUACUGAUAGAGAAGAUACAGAUGAUGUGCCUGAAGCAGAUGAGGGCGAUGAAUCAGUUUCUGGCUCUUCCUCCACACCGAGCUCCUCUUUCCCAUCAGACAAUGAAGAAAACGAUGAUGGCGAGUGUGCCAUUGUGUCCGUGAAGAUGGCCCCAGAGUUGAGGCAGUCGGUGGCUCUCCUGGCGCAAGUACAGAUGAGGCUGGAAGCUCUUGAGAAGAAAAGUGCCAGGCUUCACCAGCGGCUGGAGCUGAAGAUUGGUCGUCAGCGGCGCCCACAUCUGGAUCAGAGAAGCUCCAUCACAAAAACCAUCCCUGGCUUUUGGGUGACAGCUCUGUUGAACCAUCCUCAUCUCUCAGCGCACAUUGAUGAGACAGAUGAAGACGCUCUUAGUUACAUGACUGAUCUUGAGAUUGAGUCUUUCAAGAAUAACAAACUGGGCUACAGAAUUCGCUUCCACUUCCGACGAAACCCAUACUUUCAGAACAACAUCAUCAUGAAGGAGCUGCACCUUGGGAUGGGAGGAUCUCCCAUGUCAUUCUCCAACCCCAUUCUGUGGCAUCGUGGACACAACCUCACAGCCCACAGUGAACCCAGGAAGUCUUCGCGUGGCGUUUAUGAGACGUUUUUCAGCUGGUUCAGCGACCACAGCAACCCAGGACAAGAUGAUGUAGCACAGAUACUUAAGGAUGACCUGUACAGAGACCCUCUGAGAUACUACCUCACUCCUCUCUGGGAACCGAGGGAGAACGGCAGUAGCGGCACGGGGGCCAGAACAGCUGACAACGGCAAUGGAGACGAUUGUGUUGUGAUCUCUGACUCGGAUGAUGAACCCGGCGGUGAGGAGACUGGCGAGGCUGAACAAGGCCACAGUAGAGAUGAGGAAGAGGAGGAGGAAGAAGGGGAAGAAGAAGAAGAAGAAGAGGAAAGGGGUCCAAGUGCAGAUGAGAGCCCAGAGGAGGAGGAGGAUGGUGGAGAGAUUGUGAUCGACGGCUCCGAUGACAGCGAUCAGGAGGAAGAAGAGGAGGAGGCAGCAUAAGAAGAAGUGAGCUACAUAGGAAGGAGUCAGCAUAGGGACCAGAGACUGAGAGGACGAAGAGAAUGCUUAGUUUAUGAAGACUAACAGCAAACAUUAAAUCCUUCUUCCUGAUGUUAGUCAUUUUUAUGCACAGAAUAUCCAGUUUUCUUUUUUUUUUUUUAAAUACCUAAAAUAAACACACAAGCAUUUUAAAUCAGGUUUAACUGUAACAGCAAAGCCAAGACAGCACGUUUCCCCUCUGUUUUGUACAGUUGGUACUCUGCAUUCUGAUGUACUCUGAUUCACUUUUUUGCAGAUUUUUUUUUUUUUUUUCCUAAGCAAAUCCUUGGGCGUGUUAUGCCUCCCGGUUCUUCUGGUGUUCUUCAGUUUAAAGAACACUGUACAACAACCUGCACGCAUGUGGGCGAGUUUUCCGAUUGCCACGAUUUGGUGGCAUCAAAUUUUUGCAUUGCGCCUUCUUUAAAUAACGGCGACGCUUUCAGAGGCGUUAUUAACGGUCAUUUCACAUUCAGGCUGUUUUUUAAGAAUCGACGUGACAAAGCAAAUAUGUCACUGUUUAAAUUUGAUAUAAUUACAGUACAUUUUAGAUGCACUGAGUACUGAACCAAAAUUUGUUCUCAGGGAUGAUCAUGGCGGUAGUUGCGUUGAAAGAACCGUAUUAAUUUUUCAGACAUUUACACACUCUGGUUAUUGUCGGUUGUGUAUAAAGAAUCGUGUACUCUACUGUAGUAAGUAGGAACAAUUAUUGUUUUAAUAGACUACUUGUGUUUUUUUUUUUUUUUGGUUUUUUUCCCCCCCCUCUAUUCUACAUGUCCUGUCUUGCUACACACCAGCCUCCAUCAGCAGUCUGUAAGCGAUCACUGAUGUUUAAAAUCAUUGCGUAGUUUGACGUUUCUGUGGAUUCCUGCAUUUUUGUAAAGCACUCCUGCAGUAAGAAGAGUUUUGUAUUUGUUUUUCCUUUUAGAUUUUAACUUAAUUUGAAAGUUCCUUUCUAAAACAAUUAAAGGUUUAAUGUAAUGUGUUAAGUUUUGUGUUAUCUGCUUAAAACUAUGGUAUUUAUUACAUUGUUUUUCUACAAAUCCACAUUAUGGCAUGCCUGUAAGCACGAAAUAUAAGAUGAAGUGAUUAUAUUCCUUACGAGGCUGUGUAGGGGAAAUAAUUUUCUGUGCACAGUGUGAGUAAAUGUUAAAUUCACAGCGACAGAUGGGGUGCACUGUAACAAAACCUAGUAUUUGUAUUUGCUUACUUUUCUUAGAAAGGAACCUGUAAAUAAUACUUCCGCAUUGUUUUUUGGAUAAGGCAAAACAUGUUUCAUCCAUGGAUAAAUUUAUCAAAUAAUCUGGAGGUUUUUCAUAAACAUGAUCAGAAGGUUAUAUUUUGUGUGCCGUGUUUUAUAGAACACUGUAGUUAGAGAUACCGACUUGUUUGUUGCUUUGGGGUUAUUUUAUUUUUUUUCUUUUUUGUUUUAAAGAUACAUGUCAAGUUUUUGCUCAGACCUAAUAAAAUAGCCAGUUGUUUCA